AUGGCCUCAGACUCCACCUUAUCGGACCUGGUCUUUUCCUGGGAGGAGGACCGCAAGUUCAUCCUGCGGAGCUGGUCUCUUGUCUUCAGCAUCCUCGCGACCCUGCUGGCGCUCAGUGUGAUGGAUGGGCGUAUGGCCUACAUGAAGGGACCCUACGAUGGCUACCUGGGCUUCUGGACUAACUGCAGGAGGCACAAGUGUGCCAACCUGGGCCAAGUCACCGUUCUUAUCCAUAUGAGCAAAGGCUUCAUGUUACUGGCCCUGGGGCUGUGCUUCUUCCUCCUCCCUGCCAUGGGUCUGUCCUUCCAGCCAUUCUUCCGCCGCCUGCACAAGGUCGAUUUUGUCUUCAGUUCUCUUAGCAUCAGCAUUGGACUCCUGAUUUUCCUCAGCCUGACACUCUUUGCAGUCAACUGUGAGACAGUGCAUCCGAGACCACGGAUAUCCUACCUUGUGACCUUCUACCUAUGCUGGUGUGCCAGCGCCCUGAUGCUAUGGGCCGCUAUCGCCGGUGGGCCCUGCAGCAUUGUGCCCAGAGGUUCACAUGCAAACACUGGAAGUCGGACAUCAACUCUGAGCGUAUCCUGCACCUGCCCAAUUCACACACCAUCCAGGAUAGCACCCAAGUCUCUCCGAGGAAUAGCACCUGAGCUUCUCAGGACACCGACCGGUAGCUCUGGCCAGAUGCUGGGCCGGCCCCUUCAGUGUGUACACACCGCCGAGAUUAGCCCUCCCUUGAGACCCCACUCCCUGAUACCAGGCCAUGUCUUCCAAGGACAGGUGACAAACCCCCACCAUGGCUGUAGGGCUCACCUUUGUGGUUCUGUGUCUGUCCACUGGGUCCUCACCGUGCCCCCAUUCCGGAAGUCUGACACCCCCUCCCGCUCUGCCCCCCCUGAGCAUUCCACUGAGCCCCGCAGUGGACACGGCACCCCUCAGCAUUUGGUGUAG